AUGAAAAAUCGAUUCUCAACUUUGGAUGUAUUUGCUGUGGUUCAUGACUUAAAGGAAUUGACUGGUCAACGUGUUGCCAAUGUAUAUGAUGUGGAUUCUAAAACAUAUCUUAUACGGAUUCAAAAGCCAGAUGAAAAGUGCUUCAUUAUGUUGGAAUCCGGAUGUAGGAUUCACAGAACUACAUUUGAUUGGCCCAAAGCACAAUUUCCGUCCUCUUUUACAAUGAAACUUCGGAAACACAUCAGGCAUAAGCGGUUAGAAUGUGUUACACAGCUUGGUGUUGAUCGAAUUAUCGAUAUGCAAUUCGGCUUCGAUGAACAUGCAUGUCAUGUGAUUGCUGAGCUGUAUGACAGAGGCAACGUGGUGUUAACGGAUAACAAUUACACCAUACUUAACGUGUUACGGCCGAGAACUGAUAAGGAAACUGAUAUGCGUUUCUCUGUUCAAGAACGAUAUCCGCUUGAAGCUGCACGACAAAAUGUUAGUUGCCCAACCAAAGAUGAAUUGAUGGAAAGAUUAAAAACGGCCAAAAAGGGUGAAUCAGUGAAGCGGUUUCUUGCUCCUCUUACUCAGUACGGUCCUACUUUAAUUGAACAUUCAUUGAGAACCGUUGGUGUUGCUCAAAAUGCUCAGAUCGGUGUAAAUAUCGGCAUGGAAGAAAGUGGUGCAAUGAAGCUGUUUGAAGCCCUUCAACUAGCUGAUCAGAUCUUCAAUGUAAUUAGAUGCAAUGCAGCACAAGGAUUUCUAGUAUAUAGAGAGGAUGCGAGGAUGGAUGGUGUUAUUGUUGAAACAUAUCAGGAAUUUCAUCCAUUCAUGUUUUCACAAUUUAGCGACAUGCAAACGAAACAUUUUGAUUCAUUCUCGGAGUGUGUUGAUGAAUUCUUCUCGAAACUGGAAUUGCAAAAAGCUGAUGUAAAAGCGCUAAAUGCAGAAAAAGAAGCAAUGAAGAAACUAAAUAACGUCAUAAAGGAUCAGCAGGAUCGAAUAGCAGCUUUAAAAGUGGCGCAGUUAGAAAGAGAAGAAAUGGCUGAAUUAAUUGAACUGAAUAGUGAUUUGGUUGAUAAAGCUCUACUUGUUAUUCGAUCAGCUAUUGCUAACCAACUUAGCUGGGAAGCUAUCGAAGAAAUGAGAGUAAAUGCCUGUGAAGCUGGCAACCCAAUCGCUGCUUCUAUCGUUGGUUUAAAUUUAAAUUCAAAUCAAAUGACACUGCUACUCAGGGAUCCGUAUCGCCCAGAAAUUGAUCCUAAAAAGGUGACUAUUGAUAUUGCUUUGUCAUCCUAUCAGAACGCUAGAAAGCUCCAUACCGAGAAAAAAGCUGCACAACAAAAAGAGCAAAAAACAAUUUGUGCUUCAUCGAAAGCGUUGAAAUCAACUAAAGUAAAAAUAAAGGAAACGCUGAAUGUGGUUCACUCAAAAGCUGAAGUUAUGAAAAAGCGACGUGUAAUGUGGUUUGAAAAAUUUUUCUGGUUUGUCAGCUCCGAAAAUUAUUUGGUAAUUGGUGGUCGUGAUGCGCAGCAAAAUGAGCUGCUUGUGAAGAGGUAUCUUCGGCCAGGUGAUAUUUACAUGCACGCAGAUACACGAGGUGCAUCAUCCAUUAUUAUACGCAAUAAACUGGGUGGUGGUGAUAUGCCACCACGAACCCUGAAUGAAGCUGCUACCAUGGCCGUUUCUUAUUCCUCCGCAUGGGAAGCGAAAGUAACGAGCGCAGCGUGGUGGGUUCAUCAGCAUCAGGUUUCAAGGACAGCACCAACAGGUGAAUAUCUAACACCAGGUAGCUUUAUGAUACGUGGUAAAAAGAAUUACCUACCUACAUGCCAAUUGCAAAUGGGAUUUGGUGUUAUGUUCCAACUGGAUGAGGAGUCACUGGAAAGGCAUGCGGAGGAAAGAAAAGUUGCUCCUGUAGUGACGAAAGACGACACUGUGAACCAAGAUGAUGGUGAGGAUGACGGGAUUUCCUUAACUGGAAGCGGAAGUGAAGAUGAAAAGGAUUCAGAUACGCAUAUUGAUGAUUUCCCUGAUGUUCAGAUUGACCUGCAAAACAUUGUUGGCAAAGGAAAAAGCGCAGGUGAGGAUGAAAGUUACACCAUUAUUCAAAUUGGUCCAACGAUACAAAGGAAACCUGCCAUCAAGACUGCCAAUGAUACUGAAGACGAUGAAAAAGCGCAAAAAGUAAAUGUGCAGAAAGAAAGUGGCAAGGUGCGUCCUAUGACUCGUCGGCAGAAACAUAAAGCAGAGAAAAUCAAGAAAAAAUAUGGUGAUCAGGAUGAAGAGGAGCGCCAAUUAAGGUUGAUGUUGCUAUCAUCAAAGCCGAAGGAUACAGGAAAUUUUGAAAAAAAAAACAUGAAUGAAAAAUCUUUGGAGAAAACGAAAAAGAAUGUCCAAGAUGGCAAAAUGACGGAUCAGUAUGAGCAUGAGGGAAAGGCACUGACGAUUGAGGAGAAAGCUGAACAUUCAACAAUACCUAAAGAAGAAGAAGAUGAUCAACUGCUGGAAGCAGACAUGGCAGUCAUGGAUGCCGAAGAAACGAAAAUGUUGAAUUCGUUGACAUGGCGACCAUUGGAUGGGGACGUUCUUCUGUAUGCUUUAGUGGUUGUGGCACCGUACCAAACGAUGCAAAAUUUCAAAUAUAAGGUGAAGUUGACUCCAGGAACCGGAAAACGAGGAAAGGCGGCUAAAAGUGCAAUAGCAUUGUUCCAGCGUGAUAAAUCAGCAAAUGCACAAGAAUUAAAUUUGCUAAAAGUGCUGGCAACCGAUGAUCAAAUUUCACGGAAUAUUCCUGGGAAAAUGGAUGCAGAAGUGAAGGAAGAGGAAAAUGAAUCACAAGUACCACCAUCAAAACGUUUUAGACGUGAUGAUAAUGUUGAUCCCACUAAUCCGGAUCCAUCAAUAGUUGUUCAUGUUCGAAAUUUAAGUCCAAAAGCAACUGAAGCUGAUCUAUUGGAAGCAUUGUCACAUUUUGGUCCGAUAUCAUAUGCUACUUGUAUGCCUGGGAAACGGAUGGCAUUAGUGGAAUUUGAGGAAGUAGAGGGUGCUCGUUCAUGUGUCGUUUAUGCGCAAACAAAUCAAAUUUAUGUUGCUGGACAAGCCGCUUUAUUUAAUUAUUCUACAUCUAAAAUAAUCCAACGAUUGGGACUUGAAUCGGAGUCACCCAAUCAUGUGCUUAUAUUGACCAUUUACAAUGCUCAGUACCCUAUUAACGUUGAUGUCAUCCACCAGAUAUGUGAGCUGCAUGGUUUUGUGAAGCGUAUUGCUAUGAUACGUCGUACAAUGUUGCAAGCAUUGGUUGAAUUUGAAAGUGCAGAAAUUGCAAAGAAGGCCAAACAUGCGAUGAAUGGAGCUGAUAUAUACUCUGGAUGCUGUACGCUCAAAGUCGAAUUUGCUAAGCCAGAACAUGUUAAGGUGACUCGAAAUGACAAUGAUCAAUGGGAUUACACGAAGGCGCCACAAUCAGGUGAUUGCAAAGUUACAAGGUAUAGUGUGAAAGUUACAUCCAUACAAACUACAUUGACGGUCACUAUGAGUGGAUCGAAGCAGCAUCAACAACAUCAUCAGCAGCAACAUAAGAGGUUCAUCGUAGAAGGCAUAUUUUCUGAGUUGGUGCAAGAAAAACAGUCAAAACAACAGGUUUCUACCGCAAAAGAGCUUGCGGUGUGGAAGAAAUCAUGUACCAGUGAAUAUACGGAGGAACCUCGAAAGACAUUGCUAAAUGAUGCGGGACCACGUGGAGGACCACCUGGACCACGUGGACCUCCAAGUUACGGAGGAUACGGUGGACGAGGUCGUGGUGGUCCACCUGCUGACUAUGGCUACCAUGAUGACCGUUAUAGUGGCGGCUACGGUAGAGGUCGUGGCAACUAUGAUGAAUAUGAUGGAGGAUACGGAAGAGCUGAAGGAUAUGGAAGAGGAGAUGGUUACUCUCGUGCUGAUGGGUAUUACAGCAGAGGAGGUGGACGAGGUGGAUUUGGUCGUGGUGAUGCUGGUUAUACUCGAGGUGGAUAUGCACGUGGAAGAGGAAACAAUGCUGGUCUCUACGAAGAUGAACGUGAUUAUUACAAUGGUGAUGGUCCCGUAAUGAUGAUUUAUGGCAUUGAUCAGGAUAAUUUUAACUGCGACAAAUUAUUUAAUCUCUUGUGUCUCUAUGGUAACUGUAAUAAGAUCAAAUUUAUGAAAUCGAAGACAGAUACGGCAAUGGCCCAGAUGGGUAGUGUACGCCAAGUCUACACAACAAUCGAUAACUUGCAUGGUACCAUAAUUUUCGGCAACAAACUUGCUCUUAGACCAUCAAAACAACAAAUUUUGCACGAAAUACGUGAUCCAUUCAUAUUACCGGAUGGAACACCUUCAUACAGAGAUUAUACCAAUAGCCGCAAUCAGCGUUAUACGACGCCCGAAUUGGCGGCACGAAAUCGAAUUGUGAAACCAACGCAUGUGUUGCACUGGUACAAUGCUCCCGUGACAAUGACAGAGGAAAAACUCAAAGAUUUAUUUGUCGACAAGGGAGCUAUAACACCAGACAAAGUGGUCAUCUUUCCACAGCGUUCAGAACGCAGUUCAGCUGGGAUCUGUGAGUUUCCUAACACGGAACGUGCAACGGAAGCGCUCAUGUUAGCCAACCAUACGCCAGUUGAAAGCCCUGUUGGCAAAGCACCAUAUAUUGUGAAGUUGGCAUUUGCUGGCGGCCGUGAUGGGAAAGAUUUCCGAAUGUGA